CAUUCGUAGGUGUACCCGCUGUCGAUUGUCGGCGCGAUUUCAUCCGUCUUUUAAUUCGUGUGUUCCUCGAAAUUAACUUGUUAUAUCUCAAAUAUUUAUACAAAAACAGUACUUUUAUACCUUCAGUUCUGGACGUGACUGAAGCCAGUGAGUGUCAGAUUGGUGAUAGUGAAGUUGGGCUGGUCGCGCUACGUCGUCGUGCCUGAGUUGGCGUCGUCCCUCCGAUUCUCGCGAGGAAAUGCGAUCGGCCGCAUAAAACAACGUCUCCCGAGUGCCGACCACAAUAACGUACCUAGUUGGAACUGGGUGUGAACCCAGAUACGGUGUGUGGAGUUUUAUGUAAUCAGAAUAAUAUUAUUGAAGAAACUUUUAGUGAAUAAAUGACUUUAGUUGUGUGUGUGAACAACGGUAAAUUUUAGUGAAUUUAUUUUACUGAUUUAAAUAGUGAAGUGGAACAUCUCAGCUCCGACUGUUAUUAUGACCUAAAAUUGUUCAGUGAUCAGUGUUUUUCUUACUGGAUUGUUGAAAUUUGGAUUAAUCACUACUACAUGGAAAUUGUAGUAAAUGCAGUAAAACCGGAGUCAUGAACGCGAAUAAAGGCUGUCACUCGCAUCAAGCUGGGUAGCCGAUGUCAAAAGAGUUCACUGCAGACGGAUAUCAUAGUAUGGAUGUCACUUUCAACAAUGUACUGGAAGGGACGCGUCAGUACUUUUUGGGAGUGCCGAAGCCGGCUCAGCCAGAGGGCUCCGGACAGCCGGUGUGGCCCGCGGGCGCUCCGCCGCCCGAGGAGGGCGCGCCGGCCCAGUCGGGCGCCCCCGCGCCUUCCUCGCGGCCUCCCUCCGCUGCUGCCGCGCCACCGGCGGCUCCGCCGACUGUAAUGGCGGCCGCCGUUCCGCCAAGACCACCUUCGGAGCCGAUCGAACCCGAGCCGCACAUCAUUCACAAAGCGACAGUGAUGAGAGAGGCCGCCGAGAAAAGGCGAGAAAUGCCGGAGGUAGAAGACGAAGAGGACCCGAUAGGAACGCUUUCACCUCCCUCGCAUAUUAUUCGAAAGCCGCCUCGCACUUUGCCGUCGCCCGCUCCGGCGCCGGCCGUGCCUUGUCCUUCGCCGGCACGACCCCCGUCUGCCGCCCCUCUGCCUCCGGCGCCGGCUCCCGAAGCCCAGCUAGAGCCUCCACCGCAGUACCGUACGCCUCUGCAUCGGGUGCCUACUCCUACAGCGAGGCCCCCCGAUCAUUAUACUCCCGGUAGACCACCAGACCCGUAUUCAUCGUCGAGGCCGCCGGAAUCCUACAUGCGUUAUCACUAUGAAACGAAUCUUCAGGAUGGUGGAAGAAGUUCUCACGGAGCUCCAAAUGCUUCUCCCCAGCCGACGCUGCCUGCACGACAUAGUCCCCAGACGUAUGCGCGGCUAUCGGGUUCUUUGCCGCAACAUUCGGCUUCAAGAUUACGGGAUACUGCUGCCCAAAGUCCACCCACACAGCGCUAUGUGAUGCCGGUACCGCAACCGCCACCGCCGCAUAACGAUCGGGUUCCGCCCAUUCACCAUCCACAGGCGGCACUUCCGCCGCAACGAUUAGACGUGCGUUCUACGCAACCUUAUUCUUCUUUACAACAUCGACGAGAGCCGUCGCCUUAUGGACGAGUCGCAUCUCAUUACGAUAGACAUCCAGCAGUACCUACACGUAAAUACGACCCGCAACAAGCAUAUCCUGGCUAUAGACCAGCACCUACGACAUCGCAGUCAGUUCAAAACCAUCGAAUAGAACCCCAUCAUUCUGUAGCAUACAAGCAUCCCUCGUUGGAUGUGAUGAAUGCUCACUAUCCGACGAGACCUACUGAUCGUAUGCCUGCACAACCUCAGCUGCAUUCACAUGAUAAUGCACGACUGCCACCCAGGGCUGAAUACCCGAGUAUGAGUAGAACGGCAGACGUAAGGAGUGGAUACCAUUAUUCGACUCCUUCGACGUCUACAGCUAGAUAUCCAACGAAUGCUCAGGUACCUGUUGUUCAAAACACAACUCAUCAAUCGAGAUCUGCGCACAGAGAAGGUGCAGCUCCGAAGACAAAUUAUGAGUACUCGACGUCGAGCUCCGUCCAAACUUCUCCUGCUCGCUCGGCGGUGAAACCGGGGUAUGCGAAUCAGCAGACACGUAUGACUGUAUCUGUGACUUCUAUUGUAAAUCAAAUGAAUCAAACCAAACAGAAACAUGAUACACCUGUUGCUGGACCCUCGAGCACGAGUCAAAUCGGGCAACCAAAACAAAAGCGGGAAUCACCCCUUGAUUUGUCUGUCAAAACUGUUAAAAAUUCUGCGGAUUCUUCGACAACUCAAGAUGAUGUCAUAGAUUCAGCAUCAAUGGAAAAUAAAACGUUACCAUUACAAACACGACCAGCAUCUAAUAGUAGACAGAUUGUUCCACCUACUCCUGGCUAUAUGUCAUCACAUAAGGUGGAUUUUGCCCCUAAUUUUACUCAGUAUAGAGAACGAAGCGUUAGCCAAGCAAAUAUCAGCAUGGCGGCACCAAGUAGUCAUCCAGUGAGGUAUAAUGGUGCGUAUGAGACUGCUAGGCGGCCAGUAGCUGAAACAUAUCCUGUUGAAUCUCAACACCAUACUUACCCUGAACGUAACAAAUACGGAGUUCCUCCUGCAAGGCCUGACUACGUUCAUAGAAUAGACCUUACAAGACCUACCACUGAACAACGCCACGAUGGUAGAAUUCGUGAUGAUCGGCCCUAUACUGAUGAAAGAAAACGUCAGGCAGGACCUAUUGUUAGUAACAUUCCCGAAAAAAUUGUCAGAUACGAGACAUGGACUUCCGACAGCCGGAUAGAGCAGAAUAUGAAUCAGUUGACUCGAGAACAAAAUGAGUUAAUUAGCCGUCCUGUAUAUAGCUAUAGUAGUUAUAAACAAUUUGAAGCAUACCAAAAAGAACAAAGGAGACCUGGUGCUCCUCAUGCUUACCAUGACCACCAUAAUAAUGUUAACCACAGGUAUCCCAAUCAACCAGAGGCAAUAAACCAUGAAACUAGUGACUAUCAUGCUCAUCAUUAUCACGACAGAAGCCUGCCUAAUAGUAGCCGUCAUCAUGUUAUACAAAAGAUUCCGAACCAUAGAGAUAUACACCCUCAUCAUUUAGAAACUCAUAGUGGUGUUCCCGCUGAUAAAAGAGUUCUAAGUAUACUCAGAAACAGUUUGGAAACAAAGCAAACUGGGUAUGCAGAGGCAGCAAAACCGCCUAAACCAAUUUGUGAUCUCAUUAUAAUAGAUGAUGUAGAUGACUCUGUGAUAGAAAUAACUGAUCUAACAAAAGACACUGAUUCUGACCCUAAAGGUGUUCUUAAAACCAGUCAAAGUCAGGUAGCUCCAAAUAUAAGCAAUCACAUUCAAAUGCCUAGAGCUGUAGAUUCAAUUAUAAGAGAACCUGACCAUCAAAAACAGGAAAAUAUUGAUUCUAAGAGUAAAUCUCCCGAAAAUGACGUUGCUUCUAGAAUAAGAACAAAAGCUGAAUUAAAAGUCAUGCCUCCUUCACAAGAUAAUAAUAUCAAACCUGAUGUAAAGCAAAAUAUAUCAUUUGAGAACGAUAGAGCUAAACAACAGCCUAAAUCCCAAAAGCAACAUUUGUUUAAUCAAAUCCGCGAAGAUAACCUCAGAUUAGAGUCUGUCAUAAAGAGUGAAAAGCCAACUGAAAACAUUAUCCCAGAAGUAAAAUCAGAACCAAUGAAUAUUGAUGAAAUCGAAAAAGAUGCUGAGAUACCAAUUAAAACAGAAAAUAUCCUUGAUGAAUUAGAACCUCCAGCCAAUGAUGCACCCGUGGAAGAUUUAGAUUGGGCCAAUGCUUGUGAUAGUUUUAUGGAACAACUUAAGGUUGGAUGUCACAAAAAAAGGAAUAAACGACGUAGAGAUACCAUGGACCAUGAAAGUGAGCAAAAAACACCUAAAAAUAAAAUGGCAUGCUCACCCAAUGAUAAACCCUCGGAGGAGAUAGUGCCUAACAUUGUUAUUAAGCAAGAACCAUUAGAUUUGGAUGAAAGUGAACCUUUAGCUACGAUAGCACAAAGUAGUGCUUUACAGGAUGUGACUGACAAAUCUACUCUUAUAGAUCAGCAGCCGGAAAUCAUUACAAAAGAAAAGGAGGAAGAUUCUAUUCCUAAAGAUAAAAAACAAGAAAGUAGUACAAAAGACAUGAAACAAGAUCCAAAGUUGAAAGAUAAAAAGCAAGAUUUGUCAACAAGAGACAAAAAGCAAGAUUCUACGAUGAAAGAUAAAAAGCAAGAUCCUACAAUAAAAGAUAAAAAACCAGAUCCUACUGUAAAAGAUAAGCAACAAGAAUCUGUAAAAGAUAAAACACAUCUUGUCAAGGAUAAGAAACAAGAUUCACCUGUGAAAAACAAAAUACAGUCAAGCAUCAAAGAAAAGUCACAAGAUGGUAGUUCGAAAAACAAAAUACAAGAAUCUAAAAUAAAAGAAAAGGCAGAAAUUAAAACAGAAAAAACAAAAUACGAAAAGAAGAAUAAUAAAGACGGUGAAAAAUCUCAGAAACUCAAAUCUAAAACUAAGUCUAAAUCUGAGAAAAUUGAUACAACAACUCCGAUAUCAGUGAAGAAGGAACCUAAAGAAAAGGAACCCAUAAAAACGGUUAUAAAGGAAGAAGCAGAAUCCACAGAUGAUGAUGAACCGCUCAUCAAAAGUAAACUGCUCAAGGAAAAAGAAAAAAGUGAUCAGUUGAAAUAUCAACUUUUAAAAGAUUUGUCUGAAAAAUCGGCUUAUGUUAAAUUAGAAUGUUGUGAUGUCGACGUGAACAAAAAUACGAGGAAAUCUCUCGAUUCUUCAAUCAAAGAUAAAGAAGACAAAUUAAGCAAAAACAAAUUAAAUAAACAAAUCUUAAGAUCAAAAGGAAAAGCUUCGUCGGUAGAGAACAACAAAGCUGAAAAUGACAAUGAAGAAUUAAGUACUGAUAGUGACGACGAUGAUCUAAGUGUAAGUGUAGCGAGUAGAUUGCGUAUGCGUAAAAUUAUUAAAUCGGAGGAUGGCAAGCCUAGUUCAGUAACGAAGACACCGGUCAAAUCGUCUCCGCAGAAGAAGCAAGAAAACAAUAACAAUAAUGCAAGUAGUAGUUCAACCCCGAUUCGAAAACCAGGUUUUGGAGAUGGUUCCGACUUCCAUCCGGGUUGGGAAGAAGAAUUAUAUCGUUACAAGCGUUCUCUGCGAAUGCCCACUCGUCUUAUUGCUAUCCCUAGAGGGCGCUCGGGCGGACCGUUCCCCAAGGGAUCCGGAGCUUUCUUUACUCGAGGUUCUACAUCAUUACCUGAUCUCGAUCCCGCUCCUCUUUCUCCGGCACCAUCCUCUGCGCCAUCGGCGGCCACGGACGAUUUGUACGCGAGGCGUCCUGAUAAACUUACGCUUGAUAGUGACCUUGAAUCAAAUUCUAGUUCAUCCGCUGCAAAUAGGCUGCAUUAUGAUUCAGAAGCAUCUACAUCGACUGUAUUCUCGACAUCUAUAAUUAAAAAGAAGAGCUCUAUAGUGGACGUUCUAAUACAAAAAUGUGGCUCUAAUCGAAAAGAAGAUUCCAAAAAGAAAUCAAAAGAGAAUAAAGAUGACAAAAACACUCCCAAAGUAAUACCUAAAAGUACUAAUCCAUCUGAGCUAUUACCGACACCUAGUUUGGGCCUUGUAAAAAAUGGUAGCAAAGGAAAUCUAAGUGCAAAGAAAGAGAAAUUAAUGGAAGACAUUUUUUAUUUGGGUGCAUUUAGAAAAGAAACAGUAUCAGCUUUUAGGAACGCCUUUAUAAACAAUACCGAUGGCCUGAUUGGUGCCACAGAAGAGUUUUCACCGGUGGUUUUGAAGUCUAGAACUCGAACUGAGAGCAGAGUAUUAAAACAGAGAGCCACAAUUAAAGAAGUAUUUGGUGACGAAAGACCAGCAUCGGCACCUCCUAGUUCGUGUCGCGAGGAAGAACCACAAGAGGAAGAUAAGGACAAAGAAAUUGAAAUUAAAAAGGAACCAGACACUAAACCAAAGUUUAAACCCAAAAAAAUUGUCAAAGACAAAAUGAAACGCCGAUCCAAUUCGAUAAGAGACGGUCUUAGAAGUACAAAGUCAUUAAAAAGAAACGACGCUAAAGGUCGAUUACUUCGUUUGAAAAAAAGAAAUAGUUUGAUGAAAUCUUUGGCAACUAAGCGUAUAAAAGACGGCUCUGGAAGCAAAAUCAAAAAAGAGAACAGCCCGAAUUUAGAAGAUAAAGAUAAUAAAAAAGAUGAAAGUACUUCUUUACCUAAUGUAGACGGUACGAAAAGGCGUUUGAAACGUCUUUUUGGCAGAAGAAAGUUUAGUUCUGGAUUUGAUUACAUAAGAAAGAAGAAAAAGAUAAUUCGUAGGGAGGAUGCCAACAAUACCAACAAAGUCCGUCGACUAGCAGCUAAGCCAAGUCCCGAAUCCAUACAUGACAUACAUAAGGAAAUCAAGAGUUGGUUUAUUAACAAGAGCAUUGGCGAGACUCAUCUUCAUCGUGCAGCUCGACUUGGUUACACGGAUUGUGUUGCAUACUGCUUGGAGAAAAUGGAGGCCGACCCAUCGGCGAAGGAUAACGCAGGAUUCACACCUCUGCACGUAGCGGCUGCUAAAGGACACGUGAGGAUCGCCCGACUUCUUCUGCAGUACGGGGCCAACGUGUCAGCGGCAGCCCAAGGAGGAAUUAGGCCUUUACACGAAGCUUGCGAGAACACCCAUGUAGAAGUGAUCCGUCUCCUGCUCUCUUACGGGGCGGAUCCUCUGCUGGGAACAUACGCGGGACAGACUCCGGAGGAGCUGGCAGAAGGCCCGGCGGCCAUGCUUAUCCGUCUACACCUAUCUGACGUCCAGGGCCACGCUGUUGAACCCUGGAGAUUCCCUCAUCCUGCUGAGAUCAUCGACCGCGAAGAAAUCGGCUGCGACCCGCUGUCGUCCCCGCCGCCGUGCUCGCCGCCGCCGCCGCCGCCGGACGCCACCAUCGAGAUCCAAACCACGGACGCGCCUCUUCCGCCAUUCUACACGCUGCGCACCGCACCCGGCCAGCCCGGCGAUGGCCUUUGGUGCCUGCUGCAGGAUAUCACCAACUUACUGCAGAUAAAGUCAAAAGACAGCUUGCUUAAGCAGAUCCACUGCGGCUCUGGGUCGCCCAAGGAGCUUCUGCGUGAGAUCCGCACUCAGGAGUUCCUCGAGCGCGCGCAGUGCCAGCAGUUACUGUGCGCUGGAGAGAAGGUCAACGUGCGCGCCUCCAAGGUUGCGCUCGUGCGCGUCACCGACAAACUGCGCCAGCUGCUCAAGAUUGAGACAGUGCUCGUCAGCUGACACUAACUACGCGAGCACCAGCCGUGUAACAAAUUUUUAAAAAACGCCGUAUAACGGCUGAGUGUGAAUGAACGUCUAAAAACGUAUAAAAACAAAAGAUAGAGUCACACUUAUUAGGGAGUGUCGCCACCGGAAUGCUUUCGAAUAAACGUCGCAACGGUUCUCUCGGGAAAUAUAACUCUGGUGGAGCCAGAACCCAGACAGAAUAGAUUUCUGUCUAUACCUUCGGACCUGGUGUUUAAGGGGAACUGCCUGAUAAUGAACUUGAAUUAAUAAAUGUGUUAUUAUGUCAGAUAUGCCUAGUUUUGAGGGUUUCGUAUGGCACAAUACAUUUGAAGGAUAUCGGCUUCACGUAUCGGUGACAUCCACUCUCAAUGAGCGUCGGAUGACCCGCCAAUGAUUGAGUACUCAACCGUUUCACCUCUUGUAAGGUUGGUGGAACCGUUUUGAUAAUUUUAUAUGAGUAAAUGGAAAAGAGUACUGAUCGAUGGGAGGUGCUAUUUUAUGAGUAGAAUGCGUGUUAUGAACGAUUCAGAUUUUAAAUCCUUAAUCUAAAUGAUGGCCUAAGUCAAUUUGGAUGUAACGUUGCGUCUUAAGUGAUGCUUUAUAUUAUGCUGAAUAAGAAUAUGAGACAAUUUUUAUCGUGAAAUGACAAAUGGUGAGAAAAGAUGUAUACGGCAGACCGACGGCUCAACAACGAGAUCUUAUUACCUAGUUCGACUGAUUAUUGUAAUCUAAACAAAAAUGUAUCUCAUUUAAGAACAAUGUAAUAAAUAAAUAUUCGUUUCAUGAGACUGUUUAUGUUAAGGCAGCCAUUACAUAAUCGAUUAUUAUCACAGCACUCGAGCGUCUGGGUGAAAGUUCUGUGUUCGAGUCUUUAAUGUAUUACUUGUAUGAACAACUUUUGUAAAUAUUGUAUAUAGAUUUAUUAUUGAGCACAUUUUGCGUUUAAUUCGCUUUAAGUGUAUAAUAUUCUCAUGGGUGCUAUUUAACGUCGGUGUAUGGUAAAUUGGGUUAGAUAGGAAUAAUUAGUCGAAGUGCGGAGCAGAUUAUGUUCAGUAGAUUAAAAAUAUUAAUAGGAAGUUUAAUAACGAGAUAAAGUUACCACAUUGUAGUUUAAGAAGUUAGUAAAUCAUAUAUUGUGUGUGCAAUAGAAUAUGAAUGUGUUGUGUUGUAAUUGUGCGCGUGUAUGUUUGUAGUAGAAAGAAGCGAUGGCAGGUGAAGGUAUCAGACACAGGGUUGGACGAUGCCUUAAGCACACAAUUCCUGUACUUAACUCAUCUUGCAUGAAUAAGUGCAAUAUUAUCGUUAUAAAUUUAAAUUGCUUCUCUUUAAUAUUAUUCUACAAAAAGUCAAUAGUUUGAGAUUAUCCUACUUAUUCACCAUUCGUCUUCAUAUACCUGCCUUAACUUUGUUUAUUGUUAUGUUUGAUAAUGUCUGCCCGAAAUAUUAAGUUUAUUAUUGUACAAUAAUUAUUUUGCUUAAUAUUAAAUCAAGUUAUGUUUUUAUUUAUACACGAUUGUAUCAAAUUAGUGAAAUUUAUGAAAUCAUAUUAUGCAUAUCGCAAAAUUUUAUUAAAAUAUUGUAUAUAAAAAAUAUGUAAACAAAUUACUUAUUUUAUAAAUUAUUUUCAAGCUCUAUCUUGUCUGAAUGCCAAUAAAUUAGCUGAUUACAAAAUACAGGCAUUUUGUUUGGUAUAACAGUUCGUUUCAGCCAAAUGACGUCCACUGCUAUAUGCAAUGCUUGGUAUAACAGUACCUGCAAGUAUUUUUGAACAUUGUAUGAUCCGUAGCAAUUUUGAUACAUACUCUGUAAUUUAGUCACGUUCCGCCCUAUUUAUAUUAUUACUUUGUGGAAACAAGUAACGAAGAAGUACAUGAAUAAUCUGUGAUGACAUAAACUAGACGAAUAAUCUUGCUCGCGGAAUAUAGUGUGAAAUUAAGGUGUAAAUGGAACUGACAAUUAUACAGCAUGUAUACUUUUCUGAAUGAGAAUUCUUGUAAUACCUAUCUGUUAUUAAUUAGCAGUACCUACAAUUAAGUAUUAUUAUAAUUAUUGACACAUUUCUUGUUGAUAACAAUGGAAAAUAAAAAAUGUGAACAAAU